CCACCACUUCCUCAUCCAAAACACCAUGGGUAAAGCCGACAGGAAGAAGAGCGCCCGAGCUUCCGCUUCACCCUAUCAAAAACCAUCAAAGGGCGACGGCCGUAGCGCAGCAGCAAAAGCCGGCUCCGCGAUCUUCAAAUUCAACACCGAUCUCGGUCAGCACAUCCUGAAAAAUGGAGCGAUUGCCGACAAUAUCGUCGACAAGGCCAAUGUUCAGCCAAGCCAGACGGUCCUUGAAGUUGGUCCUGGUCCUGGUAUCUUGACGACUCGCAUCUUGGAGAAGGCGAAGAAAGUCGUCGCGGUCGAGUUCGAUCCGCGCAUGGCUGCAGAAUUAACGAAACGCGUGCAGGCGACGCCGAUGGAGAAGAAGCUGCAGAUUGUCCUGGGUGACUUUAUAAAGACGGAUUUGUCCAAGUUGCCGCCGUUCCAGGUCUGCAUUAGUAACACGCCUUAUCAGAUCUCUUCCCCCCUCAUCUUCAAACUCCUCUCUAUGCCAAACCCACCGAAAAUGUGCGUGCUCAUGGUUCAACGCGAAUUUGCCCUGCGCCUGCUCGCCCGCCCUGGCGACGCCCUUUACUCCCGGCUCUCGGUCAAUGUGCAAUUCUUCUCAAAGGUGUCGCACAUCAUGAAAGUCGGCCGGAACAACUUCCGCCCUCCGCCGCAAGUCGAGUCCAGCGUCGUUCGUAUCGAGCCGAAACUUGGAAAGCCAGAGAUCAGCUGGGACGAAUGGGACGGGAUGCUGCGGAUCUGCUUUGUGCGCAAGAACAAGACGCUUCGCGCUGGGUUUAUGGCGACCAAAAUCCGCCAGAUGAUUGAGCGCAAUUGGAUCACUUGGGCGGCUAUGCAUCCUGAGAAGGUCUCGCAGGGGGAUGUUGAUCUCCUUUCAGGGAAGACACCGUUUCCAGAGGGAAAGUUUGCGAAUAGCAAGGAUGACGGGGAUGUGGAUAUGGAUGUUGAUGAUGCGGGUCCCGUGGUCGAUGAGGAUGAUGUUGGUGAUAUUUUCAUGAAUGGCGUUGAAGGUGGUGAAAAGGGUGCAGCAGUUGCGCAGAGCGGACCGGUUAUCACAGUUGCUGGGCAGCAGGUUCCUAGGACGUCGGUGACACGGUUGAUUCAGUUCAAGAUUGAGCGGAUUCUGGAUACCGCGGGGCUAGCGAAUCAUCGUGCAAACAAGUGCGAUGAGAAUGACUUUCUCCGACUACUGCAUGCUUGCAAUACUGAGGGUAUCCAUUUCUCAUGA